UAAAGACGCAGGGGAACCAGUCAGACCAGCACAGACUGAACAUGGCUGCACAGCGGACCUGGACGACGCUCGGUGGAAAAGACGAGCAGGAGCCUCAGUCACCAGACUCGGACCUCUCUCUGUGUAACGUCCCCAGGAGGCACACGCGAGUCACCGUCAAAUAUAACCGGAAGGAGCUGCAGAAACGGCUGGACGUGGAGAAGUGGAUCGAAGACUGUCUGGACCAGCUGUAUGAGGGUCAGGAAGCUGACAUGCCUGAGGAGCUGAACAUCGACGGUUUGAUCGAUCUGCCAAAUGAUGAGGAACGAAUCAAAGAGUUAAAGGAGCUUUUUCAGAAUUGCAGAAGAAACACAGAGCCGUUCAUCCGGGAGCUGGUGGGGCGGCUGGAGGGAGUUCACAAAGAGGAGGAGCUGCAGAGCGAAGGCAUCGAGCACCCGGUCAUCUGCCAAAGCCACCACCGCCACGAGCCGUACCACUUCAACAACCCGACACACCACCAAAUGCACCACAGCUGAGGACAGACCCUCUGACUGCCCCCCUACACCACACAUCACUACACUCAGCCUUCACUCCUACACUGACCAUGGAAGGAAAAACAGAAUAGUUCAAGAUGAUAACGUCUCUAUUACCAUGUCUGUACAUAAAUUUUAAUCUACUAGUAGACGGUGAGUUUGAUAUCUCAGCAUGAAGGUUAGAAAAACACUUUAAUCAGCUAGCAGGGCUGAGUUACAGGAAGAGAACACAUCCACCAACACUUCUAGAUCUCUGCUCAGACGACACAAAUCAACCUUUAUCUCGUCUUCCUUGCAGAAUUGCGACGACGUCAGGAUGACUGGAAUGUGUUUGUGUUGGUUAAACACAAACACAUGAUUUGUACCUCUAGAUAAAGCAGUCAUCAAAUAUCACCCGAGGUUCCUCAGAUCCUACAUAGUUUUCUCUCCUUUUCCUGGAUCAGCCAGGUCAGGACGGAUAGGCUCAUAUUUAUUCAUUAAAGAAAAAAUAGAUGUAUAAUUGUCCAAAAGAUCUGAAUUAUUCAGCAUCAAAGCAUGUCUCUCUGUUUGCUAGAGUGGAAAAAUGCAUCACAGCCCUGCUAGAACUAGAAAGCUCAAUAUAUGCUUCUGUGUCGGGUCCAUGUAACCACGACACCCAUGCAGAGGCCUAAACAUGUACUGUAGCUUACGUGUACCUUCUCAAACGCCAUCAGAAUGGUGCAGAUGUGAGCCCUGUGAUUGAUCCUCUAGAUAGCAUAUAUCACUCCAAGUCUUCAGGCAUGCUAUAUGUGCUCCAGACAGCGAUAAAUCUAUUCAAAUCGACCUGCUGACAUCCACAAAUAUUACACAUGCAUUUCUUCAUCCGAGUCCUCUGCCUCAGCUGAUCCAGGAUCCGUACUUUCCUCCUAGGUCUCCUCUCUUUUCUUCUUUGCUAUAAUUGCAGUAUAAUCAACUGCUCUUCAGUAUUUCUCAGCUUUAUUUUCACUUUCACUUGCCUUUAUUUUCUGUACACAAGCAAGAAAGAAAUGUGGUGGCGGGGCGGGGAUCUGGCAUAGAAAUUGUAGUGCUUCGUUGCAUUUGGGCAGAGUAUUGCAGAGCAGUGAAGCCACACCAGUACUGCUCAGGAUGGUUUAGGUCAGUGGUUCCCAACUAGAGGGGCGCCAAAGAUCUCAGGGGUAGUGCGGCACCCUGUCUGCGCUGAUGUUUUCAAAAUUAGAUAUGCAUAUAUUUACUAUAUCCUGAUAAACAAAAUGUACAACUGUGUAUUGAAGCCACGCUGAAAAAUAAAAAACUAAGAGGAUCUGUUAAAUUUUGAGAAAAAAGGUCAACAUUUUUGAAAUGAUAAAGUCUUGCAUUUACUAGAAACCAAUCUCACAAUUUUGAAGUUAAAAAGUUGAAAAUUUGUGAGAAAAAAACUUGAAAUUCCCUUGCUGAAAAAGUUGUAAUUCAACAACAAAAAAAUUUAAAAAUCAAGUUUUUAUUUGCAAAAAGUUACAACCAUUUAAAAUCAAAUUUACAAGAAACUGAACUGAAAACAGUGGUUCAAUCUUUGGCUUUAUAAUCUCAAAAACUCUAAGUUUUCGUUUAUUUUUUACUUUCAAAAUAGAUCUUAUAUGAAGGCCUAUUAUGUUGGGAUUUCUCCAAUAAAAACUAUAAAACUGAUGUUUUAUUUAUUCAGGUGGGUCGUGGGAAGCCUUGGCUUUUUUUAAUAUAUCAGUGAGGACCCUAGGAAAAAAGGUUGGGAACCACUGGUGUACGCCACAGUGGCAUAGAUUAGACACAAAGUUGUAGAGCUCAACAGUAUGUGCCAACUUUUUUGAUAGCUCUGACUCCAGAAGUUAAUUCCCCAUUCAGUCCCUUCAUUAAUAUUUCUGUAAAUCAAUGUUUUAAUCCCAGAACCAAGACAACCAGCUACCUUUCUUCUUGUGACUUUAAAAUGUUUGAUUUGGUGCAAAACCAGCAUUUAAGAAAGGCAAAGGUUUAAGGUUAUGUGAUUUUUUCCAUGGAUGGAUGAACUAACAAUCCACUCAUAGCUUUCAUGUGACGACUCACAACCAUGGAAGCACCCACUGGUGGGCAAGACAGCUGGGAUGAGGAUCUUUGAUGAUUAUGGUCUUGGCUGCCACCAGUUUAACCAGUUUUAUUUUUUUAUUACGUUUGAAUGAGAGAAAUUUGUUGUUUAACUAGAUACACUGACCAAAUAGGAGAAAAGCCGUGGUUUUACUUCUACAGAACUCACAGCACAGUAGCACCAACCAGAAACUUCUAAUCCUGACAACAAAUAUUGUGUUAACUUGAUCAAAAUAUGACUUUUAACUUUAAACUACCAGAACACUGACUGACAGCUGACAGUGAUCGUGAUACGAUCAUUAAAUAAAUUAUGUAAGCUAGCAAGUGUUAGCCAAAGGUGAAAAAAGUACACGACUGUUGUGCUGUAGUAAAAGUACUGGUCUAUGAAUCUACUCAAGUAAAAAGUACUUAAUUUGCACUCAGUACUUUGAGUACUGAGUUCUGAGUAGUACUGAGAAGUUGUACAAUAAAUUGUAAUCUUUCCUCAAUGGCAAGAACAACAUGAGAAUAGAUCCCCACCCAGGCUGAGCUCUAACUCAGUGGAUAACUUCAUGCAUUUGGCAGCUGCAGGUGUUGCUGUGACUCUCUAGGUUUGUGGUGCCUGUAGUGUUUUUUUACUUUUUUUUUAAUAAAAAGGUUGAUGUAUUACAAACUUGUGUCUUCUACAGGAGCAUAUACUUCUUUUCACACUCAGGUCGCUAGCUAAUAGUGGUGGGUAGUUAACUGGUACAGAUUUUUGCGACACUAUCGUCACUCGUGUUGUGUUGUUGUGCACGCAGGACUUCAAUGUAAACGUAAAGCGACAGACAACAGCUCAGUCUGAGUUCUGUCAUAAUAAGCAGUCGCUCCAACACUAAAGAGCCAAACAUCACCUGCUUGUAUCCGUGUGAUUAAUGUGAAGCACAGUGAUAAGGUGAGGUGUGUUCUCACCUCCCGAAGUCUGCUGUUUGUAAUGACAGUAACAUGAAAUGAGUGUUUGCUUUGCACAGUGUCUCCGUCAGCCUGUCUGGGACCUGUCUGUCUGUACAAUAUGAGCUGGGCUCAUGUCAGUUUGCCUUUAGCACAGCACUGCAGCUAUUCAUAUUACAACAUUUUAAACAACUAUUAAAGGUGUGUUUAAAGUGAUGAUUUGUUGUUAAAAGUCCAUUAUGAUUCAAAGAGGCAGGCUGUGGCAAUAUUAAAGGUCAGUGAAGCAACUCUAGACUUGAGUAGUGUAAACCUGUUGGCAUCACUGCUAAAGCUAAGCUAAAUCAAUGAUAAAUAUUGACAAAUCCUUCACAAUAAAAGUCUGUUUUUAUUGUUUUCCCUGAGUGCUUUCAUUGGGAAUGCCCACAUCAGGAAAUGUGGGGAUUUCAGUAGCAGCACUUCAGCAAAGAGGAAUGAUCUUAAAACUACAGGUCCAGUUAUAAAGGAACAAGCCCCAUUUAUAUGACAACGUUUUGCUUUGUUUUCCGUUUUCGUUUCCAAAGAGUUCAGACAAGACUGCGGGAAACACCAAAAACAAUGUAGUAUACAUGCCAGGCCAGUAGAUGGCGGUGUGAUUUUUGUGCCUGCACCAGAUUCGACGGCGUAUGGGUCGAGUCAGAAUCUGGUACAGGCACGAAAUACGUCUUCGCUGAUCCAAGUGAUGGUGAUCAACACUUUGUUGAAGUACAGUUAAAUUCAGAAGAGUGAGGAGCACGAACAGUAAACUGGUGUCUGCCAUCUUAGUUUUGGGCUUCCCAUCCGCGCAUGUGUUAUAAGCCUACUCACACAUGGAUAUUUACUGCGGCCGCAGUGCGCAUGUUCGCUUUCAGAAAGUGUCGUUUUUCCUGUUUACACGGAGAUGGAAAUGGGGCGUGUUUUGAAAAACUUCUGCUCUGGAGCCCAUUUCCAAAAAGUUCAGUUUUCAGGCACCAAAACGCCGUUGUCGUGUAAACGGACAGCCAAAACGCUACAAAACUUUUGCGUUUUCACUCAAAACGUUGUCGUGUAAAUGGGGCAAAAGACUAUUUUUUUCUUGACUUUAGUAUGUGAAUACUCAUUUGUUUUUGGAGAAGAAUGUGGGUUGGAACACCUGAAUUAUCACUUUUAUUUUUUUUAUACCAUGACUUAAUACCGGUUUCACAAAUGGAAAAAAAAUUCCUGCUGUAAUAUUUCCGUCAUAUCGCCCAGGACUUCUUGCUACCGUUAUGGCUAAUAGUCAAAUCUGCUAUGGAGAAAAUGAAUGGGGAUUUUAUUACCAGAAGCACACUGUUGAGCUCUUUCAACUAGAAUAAUCCAACCGUUCAUGUGGACAACAGCUCUGAAACAUUUUAAGGCACUAGCUGAAGUGUCUGCUGAAAGCAGAUGAGGACCGGAUCAACAGAACAAUGAAUCUACAGCUCUUUGCUGUAAAUAAAGUCUUGGUUUUAAUUCAAUACCAUGAGUUCAACACUGAGCUGUAGUGAGACAGAGAUACAGAAGAGUUCACCUUCCACUGAUCACAUUUAGCUACACCACUUUUAUAACACGGCUAGAAUGAAGGCACAUUUAUUAAACAUGUUUAACUGCUGUGGUCUUAUAUAUUAUUUAUUGUCAUGGUUGAUGGGAUUAAUCCAGUUUAGCAGAAUCAUUACACUGAAGCUGUUGCAUUUAAACACCGUAGGGCUUUAAAACAUUUCACUGUCAUUAUGAUUUGUGAUGUGUUGUUACGACAGCUAUUGUUUUUUUUCAGUAGGUUCACUUACUGCAAAGAGAUGAAAGUCCUUUUUUUUUGCAUAAAUUGCUAAUAAAGCAUUUAUUUCACUCUA